AUGAUAGAGCAACAGCAACAGCAACUCAAACACGAAAUGGAGACGCUGCGUAGAACUUUUCGCGAAAGCAUGCGCGAGAAGGACGAGCGAAUCGCUGAGCUCGAGCGGCUACAGCAUAGUUCAGCGCAGUCUGUCAUGGAUGAUAGCACCAACGCAAUGACCCAGGAGUUGUUGGAUCUACAGGAGGAAAACGACUUCCUGCGGCAAGAGUUUGACAAACUCAAGACGCGCUACGAGGCACUCGUCAAACCAUCCAGCGCUGGCAGCAGGAAGAAGCAGAGCAAGUGA